AUGCCUUACUCGGAUACUUUCGAUCGAAGACCAUGGUUCAAACCUCUCGACGAGGACAGAAGGAAAGCGCUAAUCCACAAGGCGGCAGAGCAAGAUAUGAUCAACCUCAAAGAUAUUUUAGCUAGAAAUAUCGGUGAUGAAGAUGCCAUAAAAACGUUUGUGGAAAAAGAGAAUCCAAGCUGGAGUGGCAUUUUCAAUUUUCACGAUAAGAAUCAAACGAUCUAUGCUACUUGGUCAGCUAAGAAUGACAGUAGGGGAGUGAUCUGUUCUGAUAAAGGGAGUGAGGUAAGAGGUGAUCUGUCAGUAGUGUCUCCGGACCCUUGA